AUGAAUUAUUAAAUACUGUUUUAUACUCAAAUCAUCCAAAACAUUUGGUGGAUAAUAUGUUCAUGGAUAUUUUAUAAGCCUUAUGAAUAUUACCUUUGUUUUCUUUCUUUAAGUAGUAUUAUGAUACGGAUUACUAUAAUAGUAUUAGAAAAGAGAAAUACACAUAAAUUUAUUUCAGCAAUCUUAUAUUUGCUCCAAAAUUGCAUAUACACUGAGGCAAGCAUAAGGAUGCCAAUGAAUAAUCCAUUUACAAACCAUACAAAUUCUUUGAUGAUUUUGAUCAAUUACAUACAUGCAAAUAAGGAAUAAAAAGAAAAUAUUUAAAUAAUGUCAAAGUUCGGGUUUCCAAUAUUUUUUUUAUUAAGAACCAUGUCAAUUACAUUUAUUUAAGCAAAUUAUUCAAUUAUAGAAAGCUGUCUAUUGAUAAUUAUUUUUUUAAGUUUGAUUGCAAAGGAUGAAUUAAAAAGAAAAAAAGAAGCAAUUUAAAAUUCAGUGAAAGACCUCGGGUCUUAAGAUUAACAUAAUUUUAAUUAAAAAUUUAUAACUUUUUUCUAACAAGAUUCAAAAAGACAAUCAUUAGGAGCAUCUUUUAAAAAAAGUAGAACUCAUUAUUCAUAAUAUAAAGAAAAGCCAGACAUAUUAUAAAAUAUUCCAUUAUUUAAUGAACCUAAAACUUUUGAUGAAAAUAUCAAAACUUCUUUAUAAUUUUAGAACUUAAAGAAAAGUUUUAAUAAAAAAGUUUCAACUCUAAGUGUUGACAAAUCAGAUUAACAUUUACAUACAUUCUUUUAAAAUAUAAUAAAUAAUAUAUUUUCAGCUGGUGUAGUUAUUCUAAAUUAAAAUUAAAAAGUAACUUUUAUGAACAAUAAAUGUGAGAAACUAUUAAAUUAAAAGGGAAGUGAAAAAGUUGUAGAAUGUCUCAAAAAAAUAAUUAUAUCUAAUUCUUUACAUGAAAAUGAUGAAUCUCCAUUAGGAUAAAUUCCUCCUAGAUCUAUGGCUAAAAUGAAUAAAGCUACUUUUGAAAGAAUUCUUAAAUAUUAUCAUGAGAAUUAAAUGGAAUUAGAUAUUUUUGAUGCAUUUCUAUUCCCACAAAAAUAUCUUAACUAAUUUUAUUAAAAUCUAUCACCUCACUCUGAAUUUGAUUAAAGAAGUAGUCUUUCAGAAUCUUAUAAUGAAACAUUUUUAUAAAGAAAAGAUGCUGUAACUUAUGAGUAUAUUAUGAAUGGAGAGGGAGGUCUAUUAAAGAAAUUAAGAAUUGUUAUUAUUCCAACUUAUAUGACAAAUGCAUAAUAAGAAUAACUUUCUUAUCCAUCAUAAUAAAAAGUUCAUGUUAGUAGAACUGCAAUAUAAGGAGAGAGUGUUUAACCAAUUAUAGUUAUAAAGAUUAAGAAUAUUACUAAGAAACAUAAGAUAGAAUAAAUGAAUAAAGAAAAGGAGAUACAUAAUUCUUUACUUAAAUCAUUUUCACAUGAAUUAAGAACUCCUUUAAAUAGUAGUUAAGAAAUGCUUGUCAUAAUUAAAGAUAUGAUUAAGGAUCCAAAACUUUUAGAAUAUGUUGAAUUUGUUCAUAUUUCAAUAAUAUUUUUAAUCCAUUAAAUAAAUGAUAUAUUAGAUUAUGCAGCCAUGUAAUCAAACACAUUUAAAUAUAGAUAUUUUGAAUUUAAGUCAUGUGAAAUUGUUGAUGAAAUUAAAUAUAUAUAUUCUAGUUAAUGUAAUUCUAAGAAAAUUGAUUUAUAAAUUAAAUUUGAUGAAAAAAAGAUUGGCAAUAUAAGAUCAGAUAAAUAAAGAAUAAUGUAAGUCUUAAUUAAUUUAUUAAAUAAUUCUUGUAAAUUUACACCAUAAGGUGGUAAAAUUGUAUUUUCAUUAAAAUUAACAGAAUAUCCUUUUAUUAAAUUAUAAGUUAAAGAUACUGGAAUAGGUAUUGGUUCAGAAUAAUUAUAAAAUUUAAGGAAAGUAUUAACUACUUCUAUGGGUAAAAGUUUACAUAGAUCAAGAAUUAAAAAAAGUUUAGGUUUGGGUUUGAAUAUAUCAGCAAGGAUUGUAGAAGGUUUAGUAUAAAAAAAUGAUGGAACUCUAGAAAUUAUAUCAAAGAAUACAAAUAAAGGAACUAAAAUAUAUUUUAUAAUAGAAAAUUUAUUUAUUUGUAGAGAUGAAUCUGUUAGAAAUCCUAUGAUUUCAGAAUACACUACUAAAAAUAACACUUAUAAAUAAUAAAUGUCAUAAUAUGAAGGUAGUAAUUGUAGUUAAGUUUUACCUUUAUUGAGAUAAUUAUCUGAAAAUUCUAAAUAUGAACCUUAAUCACCUUCUAAAAGAAGUAAAACUACAAAAAGCAAAUUCUUCAAUUUAUUACCAGCCAAUUAACCAGAAAGUUCUUUAGAUAUGGCAGAUAAUUUUUCAUAUCGAAUUGAUCUACCAUUAAGUCCAGAAUAUUUUUUGCAUAAAGAUUAUAAUAAUCAAAAAAAUUCUAUUACUCCUUUAUGUUAAUAAUGUGUAAGAGUAUUAAUAGUUGAUGAUAUUCCUUUUAAUUAAAUAGCAUUAAAAGCCCUUCUUUUGCAUUAUAACAUUAAAGUUGAUUAAGCCUAUGAUGGUUAUUAAGCUAUUGAUUUAGUUAAGAAAUAAUUAGAUAAACAUUGUUAAUAUUAUACAUUAAUCUUUAUGGAUAUUGAAAUGCCUGGAAUAAAUGGUUUUUAAGCUACAAAAGAUGUAAAUAUAAUUAUUUAAAUUAGAUUCUUAAAAUAACAUUUGAUCAAACACACAUUAUAAUGUGUUCUGCAUAUGACACUGAAGAAAAUUUUAGAGAAGGAGAAGCAGUAGGUAUGUCUGAGUUUUUACCAAAACCUGUAAAUUAAAGGGAAUUAGAAAGAAUAUUAGAUAGAUUUGGUUUUCUAUGA